ACACAGGAGGUGAUAAUUUCAUUGACAUGAUGGAGUUAAAAUACAUGAUGGAGAAACUAGAAGCCCCUCAGACUCACUUAGGGCUUAAAGCAAUGAUAAAAGAGGUAGAUGAAGACAUGGAUCAGAAGAUCAGUUUUAGAGAGUUUCUACUGAUCUUCAAGAAAGCAGCAGCUGGAGAACUGGCAGAGGGUAGUGGCUUGAGUCAGCUAGCCCAGCUUACAGAGAUCAAUGUGGAUGAAACGGGCGUCGGCGGGGCCAAAGACUUCUUUGAGUCUAAGAUCAAAGUUCAAUCACAAGAGAACAAAUUCUAUCAGGAGAUUCUUGACGAACAAGAAGAAAGGAAGAAGGAAGCUGAAACAAAAAAAUUAAGACAACAAGAGUUCAAAGCAAAGGCAGCCAUCUUUAAAUAAAAGUGAACUAACUGACUGAAAUUACAAAUUGCUGGGUAUGAGAAGAGAGAGCCAUUUUCUACAUGAGAAACUUACUGAAUCUGUGGUACUUAUCCUUGUCUGUUCAACUGUUCGCUCCUGCUAUUUCUUUGGUCGUCUUUCUGGUUUCAAUGAGGUUUUUUUUUUAAAUUAACUUGUCGACAUCUCGGACUGCUACGUAGUGCUACGCAUGCAUCACUCCUCUCCCUCAUCCACUCAGAAUAGAGAAUUGAUUCUUCUAUAGUCAUCACUUGUACCUAUGAUGUCAUCACAAGCCGUCUACACUUGGCUGUACACAUCGAGUGAAAUCAAAUGUUAUGAGGAAUUAAUGUCACCAACGCAUCAAUAUCCACAGCUGGAUAGAGCUACAACACGUUAUUUUGAGUUAAAAUAAGAGAGUACUCCAAAAGGUCAAGUGUGCACAAAGUUCCACACUUUUCUAUUGUGCAUGCGUGGAGUACUUUAUGCGUUGGUAUGGCACCAUGUACGGUUAAUUGUGUACUUGUAGUACUUUUCCUUUGCCCAAAGGUCUCACGUGCGGCAGAGCACUAUGAGCUCCAUCCAGCUUAUGGAUAUCGAUGCACCGACAUUGACUUGCGUGAUCUUGGUUGCCGUUCUUGUUCUCAUUGACCCAAACUUCCUAUUGUCUUAGAGUGAGAGAGACAGUAAGACAGAUACCAAACUAAACACCUGUGACUGCCUACAUUAGGUACCGUUCUUUUAAUCCUGUACUGUGCUUAUGUUCAUCUGGGCCAUGUUACACAAAACUAAUCUGUGGUUUUAUGAUUGAUCAUUGCAAUCAUUUGUAAAAAUAAAUCUUAUGAUCAAUUUUUGCCUCUUGUAUGAAAUGCUAUAGCUGCAUAUCGACUGCAAAUUUGCAAUUGAUUUUUGUAAUUAAUUGGAAUGAAAAUUUUAGCACACCCUUUUAGUCCCUGUGUAACCAGGACUAUCUAGAUAGACUCAAAGGAUAUAGUAUUUCAGUAAUACAAAACUCAGUCAAGAUGAAUGCUCUCUCGUGGAACUAUUUUGGUCGAAAAAAAAGUAUUUUUUUUUGGUGGUGGGAUUUAUCAUUUGUCUUAAUAUUUUCUACAUAAGUUUAAUCAAUAAAUUGGUAAUCAUAUUUGAAUCAAGUGCUGCGCCUUAGAAGUCUAGUUAUUUUCAAGAUUAGUGUGAUUAACUCAUAUCAUUCUUGUGUCAAAAUUAAUCUAUAUUCCUUUUAUAAAGAUGUGUUGAUCACAACUAUUGAAAGUUAGCCAACACCAACAUGUAGAAUGCAUGUUUUCAUUGUGUGGACCAAUUGGUGUUAUUCAUUUUGUUUACAAAGUAAUAUUCCCAAGAUAAAAAAUUAUGACAUAUGUAUGGCUUUCCACAUCUGUGAUAGGUCAAAUCUAUCCCUAUUCCUUGUAAUACAGAGCCUCUAGCUCUUUAAAAUAAGUUUUCCUUCCAUUUUGUUUACAAAGUGAUAUUCCCAAGAUAAAGAAUUAUGACGUAUAUGGCUUUCCACAUCUGAGAUAGGUCGAGUCUAUUCCUUGUAAUACAGAGCCUCUCUUUAAAAUAUGUUUCUAUUGGAAUGAUCUUUAAUUGAUGUUUACAAUAACUGGGUAUUAUUUGAUUAUUUAGAAUAAGAAUAUGGUGUUAAAGGUUGUAUAAAUUUCUUUUUUGAACAUAUAUAAAUGUGCUAUUUAGUAUAUAUCAGCUCACUUGAGUAGUUGCAUUUGAACAUAUUGUAUAAAUAUAUAAGAGUAGUUUAGAUAACUUUUGUACAUGUACUGUAUACUGUGCUGGCUUGAAUGAAAAAUCUAAAUAUAUAUUAUGAAGCCUUGUUUAGUUCUUUUUGAAGAAUAAUUGCAGUAGCUGCAUUUUGUAUUUGAUUUAUAGAGUAACAAAUUUAGUUGGAAGAGCAAAACCCCAAAUGAAAUUACCUACUCAUCCUGCUUUGUCCUCUACGAUACACAUUCAGCAAUUGUUUUUGAUAAUUUUGUAUGAUAUAUUUUUACAUUUCAUAUAAUAAACCAUAUUAUAUUUUAUCAUUUUUUAAAGAGAGAUAAGUGUUGUGUUAUGUUUCAGUGUGUUUUUGCAAUGUCUGUAAGGUUUUUGUUGAUUUCAUUUCCAUGUUAUAAAUUAUUUAACAUUGUAGUGGAUAAUUACUAUCAGAGAAUGUUGAUAUUUACAGUGAGAUGUUAUGGAUUUAAUUCACUCCAGUCAAGAACUUAUUUGAUGGCGAUAAGAGCUUCUCUAGAAUGCAAAUAGGUGUUUACAAUACAUUCAGUAAUAUUCCUUGCUCUAGAAUCGCAAACGUGAAUCACAAACAAAAAUGCAAAACACAAAUCGGCAUUCAAGGAAAUCCUUCCUACCGGGAAACCGUUUAUGAUACUUGGGUUGAGAGUGCCAAAUGUAGAUUAAUGCCUUGCCUGAGGAUUUGAGUGCUGCAAUGGGAUUUGAAACCCAAACCUUGAGGUCAUAGUUCUUUGUGUAUAUAUACCCAGGCAAUUUGGUUUGUUUUGUGAAUCAAGUUACUAGUAACAGUCUUAGGGGCUGGAACUGGGAUUUUACAAAUCAACUACGGAUUAUCUUUCUUUUUUUGCUUCCACAUUCCCAUGAAUAUACAAUGAUAUCCUCUUUCAUUAAAUUUGACCAAUGCGCAUCUUCGUGUGCCUGAGCUUUCAGAUGCUAUGAGAUUUUAUUGUAUCAUUUGUAAGAACACACAUUGUUGUUUAAAGUAAUGAUGAAUAUCUAAUAUUUGCUCACAUUUUGUAAAUUGAUGCUCUUUUCCUGCAAGAAAAUUUUACUUUCGCUUCAUAUUUCCAUGUAAACCUUAAAAAUAUAAACACUUUGAUAUUAGGCUUAUGGGUCAUUCACAUAUUGUUCAUUUUCUGGGGAUGUUCCUCAAAAUAAUUAUAUACAACCAAACUUGUUUGCACAUAGAAACAUUUGCAUGGAUUUCUGUAAGGUCAGUAGGUCUUUUUACAAGUUACCAUUGAUAAGUUUGUGACCAAAUCAUGUUUCUUCUUCAUUGAAAAAAAAAAUCAUUCCUUGCCAUAUUGAUUACGCAUUACAUGUAGAAAGACCAAUGCAUGUAACAUAAAUUUAUCUCUUCCAAAAUUGAAUUACUCAAUAUUUAAUGUUAUCUUACAGUCUUUUUGUCAUUGUGGAUUUUCGUUUUUGUCCUAAUUGUUGUUCCAAUAUUAUUAUUUUGUUUUCUUCGUAUACCUUCACUUUAAGGUCUUCUCAUUUUUUUCCUUCAUAUUUUCUAUAUAUUCUGAAGCACUUAUGAAAUUAUAAAAUGUUACCUCAUGGUAUUGCGAAUGAAAAUAUCUUAUAAAGUAACAAGGGAAAAUGGAUGAGAAGGAUAUACUUUUGACCUACACACAAGAUGUUAGCACGGAGCCUUAUAGGUGCUCACAAACCUUUUUUUUCGGGGGGGGGGGGGGCACAAUUCAGAAGAGUUUAUGUCUUGGGUACAGUGCAGACAAUGUGUGUCUCUGUAUAUGACAUUUUUACAAUGAUUUGAAUUUUGCUGAUUUUGCACAUUCAAUAUCGUCCCUUGUAUUAUUUUCCAUUGCUGCACGUAAAGACAACAUCAGGACCCGGUAAUACAAUGCUUAGCAGUUGAUCGUAGGGGUGAAUAUUACAUUGCAUAUAAUAUGUAAUGUAAUUGCAUGUAUUAUUAAGUGCAAUAAAUCGUAUCAGUCCACUUUACAAUCAAUUACUAAGCAUUUUGUUACCGGGCCCACCUGAAAAUAGAGUAUAUUUAUAUGAGUUUUAAAAAUGUGAAAAUAUCCAUACACCAGAGUGCCAGCUAAUAUAAUAUACAGGUAACUCUGCAUAAGUUGAAUCUGUUGGGAUUACAGAAUUCUGUUUGUCUUGGGGGAAAUUCAACUUAGAAGUACAUAACACAUGUUUUUGAUAAUCUGGUCUCAAAAUUGCUUCACUUAAGUGAAUAUUUGAUGUAUUGAAAUUCGACUUGGGCAAAGUUACUGUUUGUACACUUUCUGUGAUUACAUUGUCCCAUUAUCUCAAACCAUAAACUAAGCAUUAUUACUAAAAAAAAUAGUGUCCACUUUACCUUUGACAUUUUUUCACGCAAUGUUGCAAUAUUGCAAUAGUCCACAUACCAAUGAAACUGGUGAUUGUAUUAGUUCCAGAUGUCACUAUUUUCUAUAUCUCGGACAAAUCAUAUUCAUUUCUGUGAUCAAUGUCCUUAUUUGGAAUGAAAUUAUCUUACAAAAUAUGAAGUAAAAAAAUUACAGUACUCUGAUUUAAAGGGUAUGGUAAUAUGCAAGAUCAUGAUAUGUUUGUAUUUGGUUGUGGCUUUUAUCAUAUUAAAAUUCACCAACAAAACUUCAA